AUAGACCUGCUGAAGUGAUAUUUGGCGGUAGGGUCUCGAACAUAUAUUGAGGACGGGAGCAUGUAGGAGGAGGCAACCGCCAGGUGUUUGCUGGUUUUCAUGCUCCAGGGAGGGCGAAAUUCCUUCAGCAGUGUUUAUUCAGAAAACCCGUGUGUGCUGCUGUCUACAGCUGAUGCAGUCUGUCAGUGCAGUGCGCCACAAAGACGCACUGCACAGACCCACCUUAAGUCUGCGGUGGCUCUGAUAUUUCGACCGCAGAGCAUUUUUUUCCCCUUCUACUCCCUCAUAGCCCUCAGACGAGGUUCGCUGCUACGUCUCAGUCACGUGGCUCCCCCUCAGUGAAGGCUUUGCUCUCUGCGGCUCCUCAGCGCAGCCAGCGAUGUUGGUUCUGAAAUGUGAGAUGCAACUAAGAGGGACUCGCUCAUAGAGGGCAAAGUUAUGGCACGGUCAUCAUCGGAGAAAAAGGUCCCGCAGCAAAUUCUCUCUGCCAAAAAGUCCCUCAAGGGUGACGCGCACGGCUUUCUGGGACGCACAACUCCGGAGCGAGAAAACCCCAGAUUACGCGUCAAAUUAAACUGAAUGGAAAUUGGGAGAGGAGUGUGACGAGGACUGAGCGAGAUUUAAGCGGUGUCAAGUUGAAUGAAAGGCACGAUGCAACAGGCCUGUGAAGAGAAGAUAACUAGUUCACAGCUGCACACGGUUUAAUGGUAAUCUUGAUGCAGUCAUAGUUACAAGUGCUCUUCAACCAAUCUGAGGAUGACGUACGGAGAAUAGGACUCCUCAGUGUAUUCGUCACCUGCAGAGCCUUCAGGCAUUCUACCAAAUCAGAAUCAGAGUGAAACCAAGACAGCCAUGAACCUGUUCAGGAAGGAUGCCAUGACCACUAAGAAGGAGAAAGAAAAAGAGAUCCAGUAUGAGGACCCUCCCGAUGGUGGUUGGGGCUGGAUGGUGGUGCUGCAUUGUUUCCUGGUAAAUGUCCUGGUGAUGGGAACACUGAAGAGCUUUGGGAUCUUCUUUGUGGCAUUUCAAGAUGAGUUUGGAGGCUCAGCUGAGAGCAUCAGCUGGAUUGGUUCCAUCAUGUCUAGUCUGCGUCUGUCUGGAGCACCCAUUGCCUCUGUGGCCUGUGCCAAACUAGGAUCCAGAGUGACUUCCAUCACUGGGGCAGUCCUGGUUAGUGGAGGCUUCCUGAUGAGUAUUUUUGCUAGCAGUGUGGUGUUCCUCUACAUCAGCAUGGGAGUGAUAGUUGGAAUGGGUUUUGCACUACUAUACCAGUCCUUCUCAGUGGUCACAGCACUGUACUUCCGAAAGAGGCUCGCGACAGCAUAUGCGAUUGGGCGUUCUGGGAUGGGUUUGACCUUUGCCCUUGCUCCGUUCACUCAGUUGCUUCUGGACCAGUAUGCUUGGCAAGGGGCAAUGCUGAUUCUUGGUGGUCUCAUGCUGAAUCUGGUGGCCUCUGGGAUGCUUCUCCGUCCCAUCAAUGUGAAACCUCCAGUGUCAAACCCUACCUCUUCUCCCAUCCAAAAGAGCCCUGCUGUUUCUCUCAAGAACUCCUCAGAGAAGGAAUACUCUAAGAGUUGCUUGAAUGGCUCCUCUCACUUAUCCAAUGGCAUCUCCAAAUCAGACUCAUUCCCAUCCCCUCCUGCUGCCCCUCAAAGGGACACUGAGAACUUGGGGGGGCAAUGUACUCAGGGACUCAAGGACCAGUCAGUGAACCCUGAAUUGAGCAGACUGGUCCCCAAUGGUGUGAAUGGUCAUGAGCCCCAUCAUGACUCAAGUGAGUGUAAAUCUACAACUCCAGACAGCUCAGCGGAACCCAGUGGUAGCAUGAAUGGGUCCACCAUUGUUGGAUUUCCCUCACAUGCCAGUAUGUCAAGUGAGGUGACCAUCAAAAAAGCCAAAGCACUGGAUUUCUCCCUGCUAAAGGAUCCCUUCUUUUGCAUCUACACUUGGUCCUUGGUCUUCAGCCAGCUGGCCUACUUCAUCCCCUAUUUCCACCUAUCUGCCCGUGCCAGGACCCUGGGCAUUGAUGCCAUGGAUGCGUCUUUUAUCAUCUCUGUGGCAGGUAUCACAGAGACCAUUGCCCAGCUGGCCUCAGGCUGGGUGACAGACAGGAAUCUGUUCCAUAAAUACCACUACCACAAGGCCUACCUGAUCCUCUGUGGCCUCGUUAACCUGCUCUCCCCACUUGCAACUUCCUACAUCCUGCUGAUGGUUUAUGCUGUCUUCUUUGCCAUCUUCUGUGGUGGAUACAUGGCUCUGCUGCUGCCUGUUCUAGUAGAUCUUGUGGGGUCGGAGAAACUUAACAGCUCCAUGGGCUUCUCCAUGUUCUUUGUUGGCCUUGGCUGCCUCACAGGGCCUCCUUUGGCAGGGUUCCUGUACGACUACACUCAGACUUAUGACUGUUCUUUCUACCUGGCUGGACUCUGCUAUCUGCUCUCCUCUGUCUCCCUCUUCAUGGAGCCGCUGGCUCAGCGCUGGAAGGCCAGGAACAAACUGACUCGGGACAAGAGAACAGAAAGCAGCUGUAGGACCAACGGCUGCUUCACCCCCGACCGCCUACAGAACGGCGCUGUGUAGGAAUGAAACCCAGGGAAGGCCUUCGAUCUUAAACCAGCAUGCUCACAACCUGCCACAGGCCUGCAUACCUUGGACCUAGGACUCCAUCUUAAAGUUGGGACCCAAGUGACCCUUAAUUUCAGCAGGAACAUAACACCGGCCAAGAAGAAGGUUAACACCUGCCUGAGAUGUCUAAGAACAUCCGGUAUUCUUGAUGUUGGUGAAUAAAUGAUUAUGUUGAGCUUAUAAAAAGCCAAAAGUUUAGUGUUCUGCAAAAUAUGUCACACCUGUUUUUGUUCUUAUCAGAAAUACAUGCAUCCAAACUAAAGAUAAUCCCUUGCACACAUCAUCCAGCACAUUUUAAUAUGAGCAGCUUUUGAUAAUUUUUUUCCAAUGCAAACAACAAAAGCGCACUCACCUUGCAGUGACUCUUCAUUGCACUUAAUAUCGCCUGAAACUACGCUAUGCAGUUCAGCUCCUCUCUUCAUCCAUUUCCAUAAAGAAAUUUGCUUUUCACCUGAUUUCUCUGUAAGCUCUCACCUGCAUCUAUGAACCUGUACUCACUGAUAUGCACUUUGGGUCAAGUUGUAAUUUUGCUGCAUGACAAGACAUGACCUUUAACUCCCAGAUUGUUAAGAAAGAUACUGAGCAACCACUCAGUUGCAGUUUGCUUCUAUGUAGUCUGCUCCUCAAAGCCAAAAAGCAGCAGCUGCUUCAAUAGUUCAACGGAGAAGAAAAUGUAUCUAACGGCCCAAAAAGUUUAUUGUAGAUAGUAACGCAUGUGUCAGCAUUUCAAGGUAUAACUUGCUCGGUUUUGGUGAUGCAUGUUCAUAUUCUCAUAUUUAUAUCUUUAUUAUUAAAAUUCUGGGUGUUUUCCUGCCCAUUAACUAUUUCAGCCCACUUUCACACAGACUCUGUAUUCCAACUUCAAAAUGUAGAGCUCAUUUUGGAGCUUUAGGUGCUUCUGAUCAGAUUUUUGAUCUUUCUUUCAGCCUUUUCCCUUUAGAGUGUUUAUAUGAGUUUCUUUUUCUUUUUAAUCCAUUCAUAAUCAUUCGCACCCAUAUCAACAUGCUACCCUUGGCACUUAAAUUCAAAUCUGUCAUAUUUUUUUUUCCUGGAAUUGCAGUUGAAAUUUCAAACCCCAACUGUGAUCAGCACUUGCACAUAACCUGAUCCUUUUAACCUCUUUCACUGAUUUCACGUCAGCUAACGCUUUCACACAUUUUCACUGACAUUCAACUGUUGUCACCAGUUACCUACCGAUUGCCACUCAAGUGGCAGGCCAUACACUUCAGCAAUCUGUAGUACUUGUAGUACUAGUACCUAACUUGUCCACAGUUUAAACUGAUAUUUCAACAUUCAUUUGCAAAUGAGAGAUCAGCCGCUUUUACCUGUUUGCUUCUGAUUGGGAACAAACUUGAAACUUAAAUUUACAUUCACUUUAACAUCAUUUUAACUGUAGCAGAGAUGCCAACUCUUAAAGGAAGAAUGCAUGUUUGGUUGAGGUCUAAAUACGUACUCCCAAUUAUUUUGAUCACUGUUGAACUGGGCUGACAAGCUCCGUUCUGAGCUGACUGAGCUGACAAGCUCCACUGAAUGACAGGAGUUUAUCUGUGAUUGCUUGUGAUUCUGUGUCAUUCUGUUGACCUUUUGUGUCUGCAAAUCAUUCAGCCAACCGUGUGACGUUGUUGUUGAUGUUUUGCUGGUGUUGCCCAUAUAAAUGUUGAUCCAUGGUGCCCCAACUGGACUGGUAGGAAACUGAUGCCCAGCCUCUACAGUGCCUGCAGGCAGCCAAUUAAAGGCAUUGCAACUUAUAACUACAUUGUGUUUUUACAUGGGA